AACCACCGCAGAAACUGAGACGUGAUGCUUUUGGAAUUGCCACUCAACCCAGUCCCGGCUUCUACGCUCUGGCAUACAACCGCUGGCGUUAGGUUUCGGACCAGCUCUAUGAGGAGACUGGAUUUGAUAUGGGCAUGGUAGUGCAGCCAUUGACUACUUCAGCGAUGAAGAUUGGCAGAGAGAAUGGAGGAAAUGCGCUGAAUGCAGCGGUUGAGCCUCAGCAAUGCAAGUACACGGUUGAUGCUGAAAUGACUUAUGCUAACUCUACAAGGGAUGUCCUAUUUGGCACAAUGAAACAAUGGAAGAAUGAAGAAAAUGACGAACGCGUUCUCAGAGCUGUGUUUGAAUUUGGUGAUUAUUUGCGAGAAACGGCCACCAAGAUGGGCAUUUUGCUGCCAUUCAUCUUCAUGAACCAUGCGACAGCCACGCAGGAUCCUGUUGCAAGCUACGGACCUAAGCACAUUGCUCGGCUGAAGGAUGUGAGCAAGAAGUAUUAUGCCCAGCAGGUAUUCCAGACUUUUCAAGGCGAUGGAUUUUUGCUACGAAAGGUCUAGGAAAGGGCUGAAUAGCGUAGUAGUUACUGUGAAGCAUCACUGUAAACAAGAGAAACUAUAAUAAACUUGUUCU